AAGGCUACAAUUGUUAGGGGAAUACCAUCAAUUGCACCCGGUAAGGACAUAUUUAAUGCCCACUCACUGGUAUCUCCGAUUUCAUACCUGACCAUCAGUCGCAGACCAUCUACUGUGCGGUUCGCACUCCAGUUAGCAAUCAAAAUUUAACUGACUGGACAAAAUGUGUUUAUGGCUUUUAACUGCAUGUUUGGGUAUGCUGCCCACCAACUCGCCCCCUACAAACGUCAUUGUUGUAGGAGCGCCUCCGCCUCCUAUACUCGAGCCUACAACGACAACAACAACAACAACUACAGCGAGUCCUAAUAUGACUGGACCUCCUCCAAUGAACAUGACUGGACCUCCUCCAAUGAACAUGACUGGAGGACCUCCGAUGAACAUGACAGGUGGUGGUGGUGGUGGGGGUGGUGGUGGUGGUCCACCUACCAUCGCUCCUACAGUUCCGACAGCAACAAUAGGUGGAGUACUUUUACCUGUUAUUCUUUGCGACAACCCUGAUAUUGUUUGUAUCAUUAAUCCUGACGAAACCGCUGCAGGCAUGCCGUCGAUCGAUCCGCGACUUGGCACCACCCCAGCGACGUCGGCGGCGUUGCAGGUGCCACCGAUUAUAGGAUACAGUGCUCAAGUGCCGUCUUACAACACCGCUGUGAGAUUCCCUAGGGAGCGACGGAGUAUUAAAUUAAACACAAUUCCUACCAAUAAAUUGGACAGAUUAGAUAUGAUGGAAGCUGCCAGUCAUCGAAUUCGCAAAAGACAAACGGGUUGCAGGUGUGUAGCUGCAGGCACUUGCACCAAUAAUGGAACGAAUGCUGGAGGUGGUUUGAUUGAUAUUAGAAUUGUAACUCCGGGAGGUGGAUCAGGAACGACGUGUCCUGCCGGGCAGGUACUCUGUUGUGGCACCUCGACUACAGUGAUAGCAUGCGGCACUUUGCAGACAGUACCCACCACAGCGAUCGCUCCAGCCUCUGGUCAGGCCAAUUUCGGAGAAUAUCCAUGGCAGGCAUUAAUUUUAACAAAACAGAACGAUUACAUCGCUGGAGGUGUGCUAAUUGACCAAUUCAACGUUUUAACAGUGACUCAUCGACUGUCUACAUACAUUGUAUCAGGCACAGCUCCUAACGUCAAGGUGCGUUUGGGUGAGUGGGACGCUGCCGGAACCUACGAGCCAGUGCCAUACCAAGAGUACACAGUCGCCAAGGUGUUCAGCCACCCCUCUUUCGACCCCACCACCUUGCAGUAUGACAUCACUGUCCUGCGACUAUCGACUCCAGUCCCUUUGACGCCUAUGACUGGUUCUGUUACUACUAUUAACAGAGCAUGCUUGCCAGCAUCCAAUACGGCUACUUAUACUGGUCAAAGGUGUUGGGUAUCUGGAUGGGGUAAAAAUAUGUUCGGCCUACAAGGACAAUACCAGCAGAUUUUAAAGAAAGUAGACGUGCCAAUUGUAGCCCCAGCAACCUGCCAAAGUCAAAUGCAAACGGCACGUCUAGGCUCCAGCUUUGCUCUUGACACCACAUCCUUCAUUUGUGCUGGCGGUGAAGCAAAUAAGGAUGCAUGUACAGGUGACGGCGGUUCCGGGCUCGUGUGCAAAGUCGACGGGCAGUGGGUGGUGGUCGGGCUGGUGGCCUGGGGGCUCGGCUGCGCCAACGCCGACGUGCCCGCCGCCUACGUCAACGUCGCCGCGCUGCUGCCCUGGAUACAGGCUCAAGUGGCUACCGCCUAGGAGGAUUGCUUCAAGUCUUUUCAUUUUGAGGGUGUACGGUCACGUCUGAUAAUAUCGAUAAAAAGUGCCAAAAAUAUGUACACACGACUUUAUUGCCCAUAUAUUAAGCUUAGUGUAUAGGUACAUAUUUUUGACACUUUUUUCGUAUCGAUAUUUUCAGACGUGACUGUACGAGGGCGGGAUGAUAAGUAACUGGCCUUAGCUAUUUAAAAAGUUUGAAUUUAAAAAUAAACUAGCGUAAUUUAAGCUUCGUGUCUCUGGCUAUCUGUGUUCGAAAUUUAAAUUUGAUGGCUUAAAUAUUUUAUCGAUUUUCUGUUAUUUGAAAAUAUAUUGUGACGAUUGUUUUCAAAAUGGAUAAAAUUGAACAAAGAGCGGUGAUAAAGUUUCUUUACAUGAAGGGUAUGAAGGGGAUAGGUAUUUAUGAAGAGUUAAAGAAUGUUUUAGGUGAAUGUGCUCUUUCUCACGCCACAGUAAAAAACUGGGUGGCUGAAUUUAAACGAGGCCGUACAAGUGUCCAAGAUGA